AUGCGGUUGAUCGCUCAUCUGCUGCCGCUCCUGCUGGUAGCUGUCCUCCCGGCCCUGGCCAAGGACGAUACCACCAAGGACGACAAAAAAACCACCAGUGCGACGGACGGCAUCCUGACCCUGGAUGGCACCCUCACAUCAUCCAUCAGCGAAGCGACAGUCCCGACAGGUCACUACCUCUCGUAUACCAGCACCAUCACCCUCGAUAACGGACAUACCGUCACCAGCACCGGCACCGGCGCCGAAUCGACGGUCACCUCCUCCUCCUCCUCCAAUGGCACGACAACCUCGGGAAAUGCCACCAUGGUCAGCACGAGCUCCGAGUCGCUCACCUUGCUGGUGGGUGGUGGACACACGGGGGCAGCCAAUGGGUCCACGAACGCGACGGCGACAGCGUCGACCUCGGCCUCGUCGACGCCGGUCGUCAACACACAGCCCUGCAACGGCUACACGGAGUUUUGCUCGCGCAAGUACUCCAACAUCACCAUGGUUGCGGCCCACAACAGUCCCUUCGUCAAGGCGGGCAAUGCGGCUGCCAACCAAGCGUUUCCCGUCACAGACCAACUGGACGACGGGGUUCGCAUGUUGCAAUUCCAGGUCCACCUGAUCAACAGCACCCUCUACCUCUGCCACACCACCUGUGACCUCUUGAACGUGGGCACGCUGGAGGACUACCUGACCACCGUUACCAAGUGGAUCAAAACCCAUCCGUACGACGUGGUCACCAUUCUUAUGGGCAACUACGACUAUGUGGCUCCGGGCAAUUUCACGACCCCGAUUCAGAACUCCGGGCUGAUGGACUAUGUGUUCACGCCGCCGAAGAUCCCCAUGGCCCUGGACGACUGGCCGACGGUGUCGAACAUGAUCCUGUCCGGCAAGCGCGCCGUUAUCUUCAUGGACUACCAGGCCAACCAGACGGCCUACCCGUGGCUCAUGGACGAGUUCUCGCAGUUGUGGGAGACCCCGUUCUCGCCGACGGACAGCGACUUCCCCUGUACGGAGCAGCGUCCGCCCAACCUGUCGCAGCAGGACGCCGAAGACCGCAUGUACAUGGCCAACCACAACCUGAACAUUGACGUGAGCAUUGCCAGCAUCAGCCUGCUGCUCCCCAACACCGCGGCGCUCAACCAGACCAACGCGGUUUCUGGAUAUGGUAGCUUGGGGCUGAUGGCCCAGAACUGCACUGCCAUGUGGAACCGUCCCCCCAACUUCCUUCUGGUCGACUACUAUAAUGACGGCAACUUCAACGGGUCAGUGUUCGAGGUAGCCGCAGAGAUGAACAACGUGACCUACAGCGCCAAAUGCUGCGGGACGGCGUCUGCGGCGUCGAAUCUGAUGCCGGGCGUCAGCACGAUGGGCGCGCUACUGGUGAUGGCGGGGGUGCAAUUCCUGGUGUCGUCAGCGUUUUAG